AAACGAAACCAUCUCUCUCUUCCUGGCGAGGCAGCAGCCAUGGCUGCUUCUAGGGGUCCCGUGCAGGAUCUCUGCGAGGAAGCCACUUGCCCCAUCUGCCUGGAGUGUUUCAGGGAUCCAGUGAUCAUCCCGGAGUGCGGGCACAACUUCUGCCGAUCCUGCCUGAUACAGUACUGGGGGGAAUCCGAGGGAGAGGCUUCCUGUCCUCAGUGCAGAGAAAUUAUUCAGCACAGGAACCUCAUCCCCAAUCGGCCGCUGGCAAAUGUUUUGGAAAAACUCCAUCUUCAAGAUGAAAAGGAGGCCGAAGGAAAAGGGAAGAUCUGCGAGAAGCACCAGGAGCCCCUGAAGCUUUUCUGCAAGGAGGACGAAAGUCCCAUCUGUGUCGCGUGUCAUGUAUCUAAGGAGCACAAAAGCCACGAGGCGAUUCUUCUGGAGGAGGCUUCCCAGGAGUACAAGGAUCAGAUCAGCAGCUGCCUAGACAACGUAUGGAAGGAGAGAGAUAAAAUUCUGGAAUUGAAAGCAGAUGCAGAAAAGGAAAGCCAAGACCUGCUGAAACAAAUAGAUGCAGAGAGGGAAAAGAUGGUGGCUGUGUUCAGGCGACUGCACCAGUUUCUGGAAGAACAAGAGAAACUUCUUUUGGCCCAGAUGGCAGAGGUGGAGAAGGAGAUUGCAGCAAAAAAGGAGGAGCACCUGGCCAGACUCUCCGGGGAACUCUCCUCUCUUGAAAGCCUCAUCCUGGAGAUGGAGGAGAAGCUUCAGGAACCAGCAAGUGAACUCCUGCAGGAUGUUGGCUUGACUUUGUUCUUCUUCCCCAGCUCUCAGACUAAGGAGAACUUAGAAGACCCUCCUGUGGCUUUUCCUCCAACCCUGAAGUGGAAGAUCUGGGACUUCUGCGAUAUAAAUCCCUUCCUGGAGGGUGUCAUGAAGCAAUUCAGAGACACUCUGGACUCUGGACUUCAGCUGCAUGAAGAAAACAUAACAUUGGAUCCAGACACAGCAAGUCCCUUCCUCAUCCUGUCCAAGGAUCGAAAGAGUGUGAGAGAGGGAAAAGUGCGUCAAGACCUGCCAGACAACCCUGAGAGAUUUGACACACAUAGCUAUGUGUUGGGAUGCGAGGGUUUCACAGCAGGCAGACAUUUCUGGGAGGUCACUGUGGGAGGUGAGGAGGUGUGGGCGGUGGGGGUUGCCAGAAAGUCUGUGAAGAGGAAGGGCAAGUUCUGUUUUGCUACUAGGGAAGGGAUCUGGGGUUUGGGGAAGUGGGGCAGUAAGUACAGGUUCUCCUCCCCCCAUAAAGACUUUGUUCCAAGUGAGGAGCCCAAGAGGAUCCGAGUGACCUUGAACUGUGAAGGGGGACGGGUGUCCUUCUACGAUGCAGAUACAGCAGCCUUUCUCCACGCAUAUUGGGCAACCUCCUUCUCAGGAGAGACCCUCCAGCCCUUGUUUUGCGUGUCCGCCAAAGGCCACCUGACAAUCUCUUGAGUGUA